AUUCCUCUGCAUGGCAGAACAGAAAAUAGUGAGAGAGAGAGAAAGGUGCCAGGAGACCGACUUUUUUUAAAGGUAUGCAAUUCCCUUUGUAGCAAAAGUGGAAUGUUUUUACAUUGUCCCCCAGUACAGUAGUAUUUCAUUUUAGAAGAUGCACAGAGAACUUUGGGAGAAACAAUUCCCUGCAAAAAGGAACUCCUACCCAAAAGGUUUAUUUUGGCUUCAGUGUUUUUCUUUUUCAUUUCCCUUCCUUUCGUGGAAAAUCACUGUGACAUUUUAACUGUGCUGUUCCUUAGGAGCCUUAAAAAUUAGCAAACCACCAGGGACUACCAGCGCCAGACCUUCCGUUUUGCUAGUUGGCAUGGCUGCUGUGCUUUUUAGAUUUGAAGAUCUGCUUUACAGUUGGGACAGCCUGGUGUGGAACCUGACGUCGCGGGUCCUGGGGACUUACCGGUUCAGAAACUUGCAGGUUGUACGGCUCAUGCUUAAACCAUGGUGCAUCUCCAGAGCUGUGUACCAGAUGACAGAGGGCCGCCGGUGUCAAGUGCACCUUCUUGAUGACAGGAAGCUGGAACUCCUUGUACAGCCAAAGCUUUUGGCCAAGGAGCUGCUAGACCUGGUGGCAUCACAUUUCAACCUGAAAGAGAAGGAAUACUUUGGAAUUGCCUUCACAGAUGAGACGGGCCAUCUGAACUGGCUUCAAUUGGACCGCAGGGUGCUAGAACAUGACUUCCCCAAAAAGUCAGGACCGGUUGUUUUGUACUUUUGUGUCAGGUUCUACAUUGAAAGCAUAUCAUAUCUAAAGGAUAAUGCUACCAUUGAGUUGUUUUUCUUGAAUGCCAAGUCCUGUAUUUACAAGGAACUCAUUGAGGUCGACAGUGAAGUUGUGUUUGAACUGGCUGCAUACAUCUUGCAGGAAGCAAAAGGAGAUUUUUCAAGCAGUGAAAUUGUAAGGACUGACUUAAAGAAGCUUCCAGCUCUUCCAAUGCAAGCACUUAAGGAGCACCCAUCUCUUGCUUACUGUGAGGACCGAGUUAUUGAGCAUUACAAGAAGCUAAAUGGGCAGACGAGAGGUCAAGCCAUUGUCAAUUACAUGAGCAUUGUAGAAUCUCUUCCGACAUAUGGAGUCCAUUAUUAUGCAGUUAAGGACAAGCAGGGAAUUCCUUGGUGGUUAGGACUUAGUUACAAGGGAAUCUUUCAGUAUGACUACCAUGACAAAGUGAAACCAAGAAAGAUCUUCCAGUGGAGGCAGCUAGAGAACCUGUACUUCAGAGAGAAGAAGUUUUCUGUGGAAGUGCAUGACCCACGCAGGGCAUCUGUCACUAGAAGGACUUUUGGACACAGCGGCAUUGCUGUGCACACGUGGUAUGCCUGUCCUGCCUUGAUAAAGUCCAUCUGGGCUAUGGCCAUUAGCCAGCACCAGUUCUACCUGGACAGAAAGCAGAGCAAAUCCAAAAUUCAUGCAGCAAGAAGCUUGAGUGAGAUUGCUAUUGACCUGACUGAAACUGGAACUCUGAAGACCUCCAAACUAGCCAACAUGGGAAGCAAAGGGAAGAUUAUCAGUGGCAGCAGUGGGAGCCUUUUGUCAUCAGGUUCCCAAGAGUCAGAUAGCUCUCAGUCUGCCAAGAAAGACAUGCUGGCUGCCUUGAAGUCCAGGCAAGAAGCUCUGGAGGAGACACUACGCCAGCGCCUGGAAGAACUAAAGAAACUCUGUCUCCGAGAAGCGGAGCUUACAGGAAAAUUGCCAAGAGAAUAUCCCCUUGACCCAGGGGAAGAGCCCCCAAUUGUGCGUAGAAGAAUAGGUACUUCCUUUAAACUGGAUGAACAGAAAAUACUGCCAAAAGGAGAGGAAGCUGAGCUGGAACGCUUGGAGAGAGAAUUUGCCAUUCAGUCACAGAUCACUGAAGCUGCUCGACGCCUAGCCAGCGACCCCAAUGUCAGCAAGAAACUGAAGAAACAAAGGAAAACCUCUUAUCUUAAUGCACUGAAGAAACUUCAGGAGAUUGAAAAUGCCAUCAAUGAGUACCGAAUCAAAUCUGGAAAGAAGCCAACACAAAGAGCCUCCCUGAUCAUAGAUGAUGGAAAUAUUGCCAGUGAGGAUAGUUCACUCUCAGAUGCUCUCGUUCUGGACGACGAAGACACUCAGGUUACCAGCACAAUAUCCCCUUUACAGUCACCUCACAAAGGACUCCCUCCUCGCCCACCCUUGCAUAAUAGACCACCCCCUCCCCAGUCACUAGAGGGACUCAGACAGAUGCACUACCACAGGAAUGACUACGACAAGUCCCCCAUCAAGCCCAAGAUGUGGAGUGAGUCAUCCUUGGAUGAACCCUAUGAGAAGGUCAAAAACCGCUCCUCACACAGCCAUUCCAGCAGUCACAAGCGGUUCCCCAGCACUGGGAGCUGUGCAGAGGGUGGAGGGACUAACUCUCUACAGAACAGCCCUAUUAGGAAUCUUCCCCAUUGGAACUCUCAGUCCAGCAUGCCAUCAACACCAGAUCUACGGGUACGCAGUCCAUAUUAUGUUCAUUCCACUAGGUCUGUGGACAUCAGCCCUACUAGACUGCAUAGCUUAGCACAGCACUUUAGACACAGAAGCUCCAGUUUAGAGUCUCAAGGGAAGCUCCUUGGGUCAGAAAACGAGACAGGGAGCCCUGAUUUCUACACCCCUAGGACUCGCAGCAGUAAUGGUUCCGACCCCAUGGAUGACUGCUCCUCCUGCACCAGCCAUUCCAGCUCUGAGCACUACUACCCUGCUCAGAUGAAUGCAAACUAUUCCACGCUUGCUGAGGAUUCCCCCUCCAAAGCCCGGGAACGGCAGAGGCAGAGGCAGAAGUCAGCGGGGAACCUGGUCUCCUCAAAUUCAGGGAGCAUGCCCAAUCUGGCUGCCAGGAAUGGGACCAGCCACCACGGAGUCUAUCUGCAUAGCCAGAGCCAGCCUUCCUCCCAGUACAGGAUCAAAGAGUACCCUCUAUAUAUUGAAGGGAGCUCCACACCAGUGGUAGUCCGCAGCCUGGAGAACGACCAGGAGGGACACUAUAGCGUGAAAGCACAAUUUAAAACGUCUAACUCCUACACAGCGGGAGGAAUGUUUAAGGAGAAUUGGCAUGGGGACGAAGUAGACUCUGUAAGACUGACCCCCUCGCGUUCUCAGAUCAUAAGGACUCCAUCUUUGGGCAGAGAGAGUCAUGAGAAGGGGUCAGGAAGGACAAUGGUGUCAGAUGAACUGAGGCUGUGGUACCACCGGUCCACAGCCUCCCACAAAGACCAUAGCCGCUUGUCACACACAAGCUCCACUUCGUCAGAUAGCAGUUCCCAGUACAGCACCUCUUCUCAAAGCACCUUUGUGGCACACAGCAGGGUAACAAGGAUGCCUCAGAUGUGCAAAGCAACAUCAGCUGCCUUACCUCACAGUCAGAGGAGUUUGACACCAUCUAGUGAGCUAGGAGCUACGCCGCCAAGCAGCCCACAUCACAUCCUAGCUUGGCAGACAGGGAGCUACAAUGAUAGCUGUUACCUGGAUUCUCCCCUCUAUCCAGAACUAGCUGACGUUCAGUGGUAUGGACAGGAGAAAGCCAAGCCUGGAACUCUAGUGUGAAUCCCCUGGACCUCAGCUGUACAAACACAUCAAUGCCAUUCUGAAAAAAUCACCUCACUGCCUCUCAUUUGCCUUACCUAGAUGCACUGGCGCCUGACACCAGCUUCAAGUCAAAGCACUUUUUGCAUAAGGCAUCUGAAGAAGAUAUUGCAAAAACAGCACCUCUGUGACAGAUCUAUGCCUAGUCAGUAGUGAAAAACAAAUUCCUUCAAUCCUGGUUACUUCAGACUGCCAUGUGUGUCACAGAAUUCCACCAAGAGCAGAGAGCAAAUCUACAAAUAAUGGGAUGUUAAGAACACGGUAGGCGGUCAAUUCAAACCACUGAAGAACACAUAAAUCUUUUUCUUUGAUAUGUACAACUAUUCUAACAUACAUGAUUUGAACUCUAAAGCCAGUUAAAGGUGAUGUGACAGCUAUCAUGAAAUACCCCUUUCAUUACAGAAGAAGACUGUGGGGAAAAGAGAACGAUCCUAUCAUUUCAAAGCUGGGCCAGAAUAUUGUAAUUGUUCUGUGCUGCCAAAGAUUUCAGUAGCUGUUUCAUGAAGCAUUUAUCUAAAAUUAUCCAGUUCUUCAGAAACAAUAGCCCUACUGUUCUAUAACUUGGUCUCCGUCUUCUUCAUUUUGAUGCUUUAAAACCCAGUUGAAUUUUAUAUGAUGGUACAUAUACCACACAAUCUUGGUCAUUAUUUUUUUAGGAAACUUCUGAAAGAAUGAACAAGAUGGCAAGUAAUUGCUUCUUUUAACAUUCCUGUGAUAAGUUGCAAAUAAAGCCACAAAUCAUUUUUUAAAAGAACUUCUAUGAUCAGCUGUGAAGUAAAAUGCCAAAAACCUUUAUGUUUCAUUUAAAAUCAAUUCGUGCAGAAAAUGUGUCAAAUCAAGGGAAAGCACAUCAUGGUCUACUAAACUUGAUAGCAAAAUAUUAAUACUAGCGUAGCAAAGGGCUUAUUGACUGGCCAAGGAAGUGAACUAUACUUUAAAGAGGAGGGUUUGACUGUGUUUGUUUAUAGUGAAUUAGGUCAUUUUCCUCAACUACUAAAAUAAUCAUUAAGAUAUGCGUAAAAACAUUUUCUGUUUGACACAAAGCAUGGUUGUCUGCCAAUACCAAAAGAGAGGAAAGUACAAGUUUACAUGUACAAUUUAGCAAUGCUUUUUAUAUACUUCUCAAAAGCCAUCGCAUGUCAAAAAGGCCUCAAUACUUUUAUAAUAAACUAAUGCACAAUCUCUAGGCCUCUGGUCAACAAAUAGUGUUGCUGCUGGACCACUUUUGAGAAGGGCUGGUCAGGAGGUAGGGGGAGGGGAAACCACAACAACCCUCACAUGCCCAUCUACCUCCUACCAAGCCCCACUGCCAGAGUCACUGUUCUUUCACACUAGUAUGGACUGGAAAUGUUGAGGAUCAGAAUGCACUUGUCUGGUGUCACCUGUUGCUCAACACUCAUCUCAACAGUUACUGAAGCAGGCACAUCAAGUCUUCACUGUGGUGCUAUGCUGUUUUUAUGCCACUGGAAGGCCAAGUGUGUUGUGGCUCCUCCCCCAAUGUUGUGUUUGUGUGCAUGCAGCUGACAACAGCAAAAACGGAAGAAAGGCUUCAAAGGGCAAAACACUGAAUUAAAAAAUAAAUAUCUGUGCCUAUUCCAAGGAAUAAUAUAAUGCUGCCAGUAUCAGGAACACAAGCAUUCUAAAUUUCCCCCAAAUGAGACUGAAGAAUUGCUCUUUCUGAAGAUGGUGGAAGGUUUUCCACUGUUAAGCCUCAGUAAGGGUCUGUCUAAAAGCAGAGCAGGAAUGAGCUAGCAAUGUGAGCAAGAAAGGUAUUAUUGAAGCAAACAAAAUAACAUUUUGCACUGACCCAGGCUAAUAAUCUUAUUUUUAUUACAUAUUCAUCAGGAAGAUACUAUGUAAACUUUCCCAUCUUAAGCACUUAUGAAAUGAUAGCAAUUCUUUGGACUACUGUAUAAACCCACUGAUGGACAGAACAAACAACAUUUCGUUUGAGACAGUACCUGUAGUCCAACACAAAGUUAGCCUUAAAAGGACACUGAAGUCAGUGGAAUUCACACAUGUACAGGUUUGCAGCCAAUGUUGUUUUUAAACAUAUCAUCUUAAAAUAUGAUUAGAAAAUGUCUUAAUUUACAAUCCUUUUUUUUAGAAAAUGAAGUUUCAUCAAAAUAAUAAACGUUGACAAUGACAUCUAUCAGUGUUUUUAAAUGUUUUACCAAGGAAAAUUAUCUGUAGUGUAACACCCUCUACCAACAUCCACCUGGCAGCUUCCAACACCUAUCAUGACAACCAACUAGAUUACAGACGUAACUGGUUUAACAGUCACUCCCUCAUCCCAGGGAACUAUAGUUCUCAGAGUAUUGGAAGUGGGGUGAGGAUUGCUAACAGAGUUCUCAUCCAACUACAAUUCCCAGAAUUCUUUGGGGUAAGCCAUGGCAGUUAAAACUGACAGAACAGCACCUACAUUUCUAACUUCUGACUUUAAUGAUUAAACUUUCCAGACCAGACACCAUCUAAGCAACUUGAUUUUUGUUUUCAUUUAUACCCAAAAAGUGAAUCAAAAUGCUUGCUGAUCAACUUACAAUUAGUAAACCAAUUCUUGAAAAAGAAACAUGCCAACAGCACUGGAAACCGUAGUCUCAGUCCAGCUAAAAAGUUAAUUGUGACUAGCUUGUUCCGCUGCUUCCGCAGAUCUCAGUAACACCUGAAAGCAGCUGGACUGGAGCUCCUUUCCUCACUAGGCAAUUUGGAAGUAGUAUUGAUGGAACAAUAUUAUCAAUCUAUUACAUCCUAAUGAGAACUGGCAAAUUUCGCAGAAAUGAGAGCAGCCCUAACUUAACAAUUUAGGGGCUCAAAUGUUCAAAAGUAGAACAAAAAACAAAACAAAAACUGGCUGUCAACCUUCUUGAGGAGCGGGGGCAGGGGAGGGAAGCUACUUUUUUUUCCAAUCAAGGCACUUGUGAGCCAGUCUGGUAGUAAAGACAGAAAUUAAGUAAAACAGGUUUUACUGUUUAACUCAAUUCAGUUAUACAAAAAUGUAUAUAAAGUGUUAAUCAGGAGAUUAACGUGUUUUGAGUAUAACGUGAGGGGUAAAUCAUAGCUAUUAUAUACAAGCACUCGACUACCCUAUUAAUAAGCCCCUCGAAAUUUGCUUUUAUAUACAUAAAAGGUCCCUGAUCCAAUAUUGCAUUUUGUCUGUAUGUACAAACCUCCCCCGUGUCUAGCUUUGUAUGUGCAUAACACACCAUAUGACAUGGUGGGCAGGGUUUAUUUUUUAAAUGAUAUGAUACGCAGUUGAGUGGUGAAAAUGUUGGGAAAGAAAACAGUCCAAUUUGUUUUGUUUUUCCAGCCAGUUUUAGUUUUGGACAUAGCAAACCCCAAUCAGGUGCUAUCAGAUGACCAGUUACUGCUUAGUUAACUAGAUGUAAAGUUUUACAUAUAUAUAUUAAUGUCACUAGUUUUAAUACAAGUUGUGCAAAAUGGACUCUAGUUUAAAAUAAGAAAAAAAUUAGAACUCUUCUGAAACUGACUUUAGAGCAUGUAAAAUGAUUUUACUGAAUCCUGUGCAACGGUAAACAAAGGGAAGAAAAAAUGUUAUGUUGUAGAAAAGGUUGCAGAAUUUUUUUAAAAAAUCUGCUUUUAAUUUAUUCUUUUUGUAUUAAGAAUUUGUAUAGUUACCUUUACAUUUUGCAAAAACAGUGUUGUUAACACUUCCUUAUUAAAG